AUGGCUUCCCUCACCAUCACAAAACUCGCCCCUCUCGUUCUUCUCGUAACGCUUUCGCUCCUGUCUAACGCCGAAGCCGUGAGCAUGAAAAUCCAAAACGACUGCGGCAGCCCGUUGAGAGUGAAGUGUCACUGGAAGCACGACGACAUCGGGAACCGCGUCGUGGCUCCCGGGUCGUCGUGGGAAUGGGUUUUCGUGCCGCCGCCCUCGGAGACGAGCGUCUGGUACUGCGGAGCCUCGUUCGAGCACGGCAGCGGCGUUUACGAUGUCUACAGCAGCGUUAGGGACGUUGGCCGCUGCAACUCUUGUCUCUGGUCGGUUAGGCCUGAUGGUUUACAUGGGAUUAGCGAACCGGCUUCUAACCCGGAAGUCUUCUUCAAGUGGCAAUCUACAUAUUGA